AUGAUGAAGUUUGUGGUUAUUGCUCUCUUUGUUGCUGGUGCCUAUGGGUGUGGCCUGCCCACCUUCACCCCUGUGGUGACCAGGGUGGUUGGAGGAGAGGAUGCCAGGCCUCACAGCUGGCCCUGGCAGAUUUCCCUGCAGUACAACAAACAGGGCGAGUGGAGGCACACCUGUGGAGGUACUCUGAUCUCUAACCAGUGGGUCCUCACUGCUGCUCACUGCAUCAGCACUGGCAAGGAGUACAGAGUAGCCAUGGGAAAGCACAACCUGAUAGAGACGGAGGAGGAUGCUGUGUUCAUGGGCACCGCUAACAUCAUUGUGCAUGAGAAGUGGAACUCCUUGUUCAUCCGUAAUGACAUUGCCCUGAUCAAGCUCGAGUCCCCCGUCACCUUCUCUGACACCAUCAUGGCUGCUUGUCUCCCUGCUGCUGGCUUCAUCCUCCCUCAUGACAAUCCCUGCUACGUCACUGGAUGGGGACGCCUCUACACCGGAGGUCCCAUUGCUGACAACCUGCAGCAGGCUCUCCUGCCCGUGGUGGACUUCGCUACCUGCUCCCAGCCUGACUGGUGGAGCUUUCAGGUGAAGGACACCAUGGUCUGCGCAGGUGGAGAUGGAGUUGUGUCUGGUUGCAACGGGGACUCUGGAGGUCCUCUGAACUGCCGGAACACUGAUGGUGCCUGGGAGGUUCACGGCAUCGUCAGCUUUGGCUCCGGGCUCAAAUGCAAUUUCCCCAAGAAGCCCACCGUCUUCACCCAAGUCAGCUCCUACACUGACUGGAUCAGCUCUAAAAUGGUGGCCUAUUGAAGGGACAGGCUUUGGGGAUCAAAGCCACAAUGUACACAUACAAAAUAAAUAAAAC